AGUAGUUGUUUCCAUUAAAAAUUAUUUUAAAGUACAACUUAUUAUAAAGAUGAGCGAUCUUAAGCCGACUAUAGCUUUAACCAGCGUUAACUCGGAAAAUAUGUCGCGACAUCAGAUGAUUGAAUGGGUUAACAACAGGGUCAAUGGAAAGUACACGAAAAUUGAAGAGCUGUGCUCAGGUGCUGCCUAUUGCCAGAUGCUGGAGCUUGUCUAUCCCAAUUGUCUAAACCUCAAGCGUGUUAAGCUUAAUGCAAAGCUGGAGCAUGAAUACUUUCAUAAUUUAAAAAUGUUUCAAAGCGCUUUGACGAAGCUUAAGCUGGACAAGAUUAUACCCAUGGAUCGUUUAAUCAAGGGACGUUUUCAGGAUAAUUUUGAAUUUUUACAGUGGUUCAUGAAGUUUUACGAGUCCCAGGCCGGGCAUGUGGAACUACCCAAGCCUGAACCGCCAAAACCUAUAAGGAAACGUGAAGUGCUUUCGGAGAAGACUUCCAAUGAUUUUAAGCAUGAGAUUGAUGAUAUGAAUGCGAAGAUUGCGCAGAUUAUUGAGGCACGUGAUCAGGCUUAUCACAAGCUGCGCAUCAUAGAGAACCUUAUAAACGAGGAGAUGAACAAAAGUGAACCUGUUGAGGUUUGCAAGGAACUGAUUAAGGUGCUCUACGAUCAGUCUGCAACUGCUGGUAAUGAUAGCAACGAUAGCGCCAUUGAUGAUGGCAUCUAAGCCCUGCAAUUGUUUGUAGUCAAAAAUUUUUUAAAUAUAUUAAUUUA